AUGAGAAAACGAGUGGCAGUGGUUGGCAGCGGAUGCUCUGGCAUCGGUGCUCUUUGGGCGCUCAAGAUCAGCACCGAUCAUGAAGUUCAUUUAUUCGAAGCAGCAUCUCGACUAGGAGGACAUGCAAACACCGUCACCUACGAGGGACCAAAUGGAGACGAGAUCGAGGUUGACACGGGUUUCAUUGUCAUGAAUACAGCUACUUAUCCCAACUUUAUCUCGUUUCUCAAAGAAUUGGGUAUUCCGACCAAGAAGACCGACAUGACUUUUAGCGUUUCUCGAGACCAGGGAACAUUUGAAUGGGCUGGGACAUCAUUGUCUUCCAUUUUCGCUCAGAAGAGAAACUUUUUCAGACCCGCGAUAUGGAGGAUGAUCUUCGACAUUGUCCGAUUCAACGAAUUUGCGCUUGAUCUCCUGCACAUUGAAGCAGAACGCGAGGCUGCCGCUCGGGAGAGCAUCGGCGAUUACCUUGACCGGGAGGGAUAUUCUCAAGAAUUCCGGGAUAACUAUCUCAUCCCAAUGACCGCCGCUGUCUGGAGUACGAGUCCCGAUAAAUGUUCCUUGGAAUUCCCGGCCAUCACGUUGAUUCGCUUCAUGUACAACCACCACUUGUUGAGUACGAUCGCGAAGCGCCCUGACUGGCUGACCAUCCCUGGAGGAUCGAAGCAAUAUAUUCAUGCAGCGCUCAAGGAUUUCCCCAGAGACCGAAUUCAUCUCAAAUCCGAAGUCACUGCUCUGUCGGCCACAGAAAGAGGGCCCAUAGCUUUGACAGUCAAUGGCAGAGACCACGAAUUUGACCAUGUGAUCCUCGCGACUCAUGGAGAUCAGGCUUUGAAGAUCUUGCAGCCUGUAGCCACCAAACAAGAAAUCGAUAUUCUCAGUGGUUUCCGCACCACUAGAAAUGUUGCGGUUUUACACUCAGAUCCCUCGUUAAUGCCAAAGAGACGUGUGGCGUGGUCGUCCUGGAAUUAUAUCACAGAAUCUCCAUUUCCUCCGACAGGCAGUCAAAAUAUCUCCAAAGUCUGUUUGACUUACUGGAUGAAUUUGCUUCAACAUAUUCCAGAGAAUAAAUAUGGGCCUGUUCUCGUCACAUUGAAUCCCUUGACUAUGCCCGAUCCCCGGCUGGCUCAAGGCAUUUGGGAAUAUUCCCAUCCGCAAUACAAUGCGGCUGCCACCCGGUCCCAGCAGCUGCUUCCUCGGAUCCAAAAUACCAGGAACAUCAGUUAUUGUGGAGCCUGGACAAAGUAUGGUUUUCACGAAGAUGGGUUCAGCAGUGGAUUGUCAGCAGCCAUCCACCAUCUGGGCGCGCAGUUGCCCUUUGAAUUUGUUGACUCGACAUUUUCCCGUGGGAGAAGGCCGACUUUGACGAUGACAAACUAUUUGCGGAGGCUGAUUAUCCUUCUGGUACAGAUCGCGAUUUCGCUGAUGGAGAAGGCGUGGGAUAAGCUGACGGCUACGAUUGAUAGACAAGUAGCAUUGCGACGCAAGAUCGCCUGA